CGUAAAGGUCUCCACAUGUGAUCGAGGUUGACUAGUGCUUCCACCGCUCCGCCGAACGCCAGUAACGAGGAUCUCUUAAAGUCAACUCUCACUUGUAUAUAAAGCGGCCCUUUGUUCUCUUCUCUGUCGAGAUCCGGUAGAACUCCACCGAAUUCCGUAUUUGAUUCCGAUGGCCAUCGGAGAGUGGCGUCGAGGCCCGACCAUCGGCCGCGGCUCCACCGCCACUGUCUCCGCCGCGGUAGCCUCCCCCUCCGGCCUCGUCUUCGCCGUCAAGUCCGCCGACCUCUGCUUCUCUGCCCCCCUGCAACGAGAGCAGGCGAUUCUCUCCUCCCUCCGCCGCCACCCCAACGUCGUCUCCUGUCUUGGCUUCGACGUCGCCGCCGGCGUCUACAACCUCUUCCUCGAGUACGCCCCUCUCGGCUCGCUCUACGAUCGCAUAGCGGCGCGCGGCGGCAGCCUCGAGGAGCAGGAGAUUCGCUCCUACGCCGGAGACCUUCUCCACGGCCUCGCCCACCUCCACGCUGCUAGCGUCGCGCACUGCGACGUCAAAACCCGGAACGUCCUGCUCUGGCCCGAAGGCGGAGCGAAGCUGGCGGACUUCGGGUGCGCGCAGCGGACUUCUGGGGCGGCGCCGUCGGUGGCAGGGACGCCGAUGUACAUGGCGCCGGAGGCCGCUCGCGGAGAGGAGCAGGGAGCGCCGGCCGACGUGUGGGCGCUCGGGUGUACGGUGGUCGAGAUGGCCACCGGGCGACCACCGUGGCCGGACAUCGCCGACCCGAUCGCGGCCCUGCACCGCGCCGGGUUCACGGAGAACGUCCCCGAGUGCCCCGGAUGGUUGUCGCCGGAUGCCAGGGACUUCGUGGCGAACUGUUUGAGGAGGGACGCGCGGGAGCGGUGGACGGCGGAGCAGCUGCUGCGGCACCCGUUCGUAUCUAAGACGACUUGCUCGCCUGAAAACACCUCCCCUCCGGCCGACCAAGUUUGGGUCUCCCCGAAGAGCACGUUGGAGCAGGGAAUGUGGGACUCCCAAGAAGAAGAAGAAGAAGAUGAAGAGCACCACUCCGACAGCCCGCGAGAGAGGCUUCGGCGACUCGCCGGCGGCGUCUCUCAGGCGAUCAAUUGGGAAACCGACGGCAAUUGGAUCACAGUGAGAUCCAACGAGAACGAAUCUGCCGCAGCGACAGCAGAAGCCGAUCUCAUUGCUUCAGAACACUCUUUCGAUUCAAUUCGAUCGGAAGUUCCAGCAAACAGAAACGAUCCAUUUGCCGGAGAAUCUAUGAAUCAAACUGUAGAACAGACACAUUCCCCUUUUUUGCAAAUUUGCUGCGCUUCAAUUAUGUUCUUCAUUCUCUCAAAAAAACAGAAAAAUGUAAUCAUAUUCCUCCAAGAGAUCAUCAAAAAAGUGACGCCAUUUCCAAGAAGUAACCAGUUAUUUUGUCAAUGAGAUGGAGCAUAAAUUUAGGACGAUUAGCUUAAGAUGGAAGCA